CAAGAAAUUUAAACAACUGAAUGGAAAUGAAGGUGUCUCCCGGGCUCGUGCUCUGUGUGUCUGUCACCAUUCAGCUCGCCCUGCCUCAGCAUCAACUACGCGUACGCCCGUUGCCAAGCGACCACCUGCCAGUACCAGAUCUGCAGGAAGACUCAAACCCGGCGCUCGAACCGGGGCAGAGGGAUCUACUUCCUCGCUUUCUGUGGCAGAAGCUCGGCAGUAGUUUUGACCCCCGCUAUUCCUCCAUUGACCGUCCGACGCGGGAUAACGUGUCCGAGGUCACGCAGAAGCCGGCGAUUGGUGUCGGACCGAUGCCUCGUGAGUUUCAGGAGUUAAUAUUCGCAGAUCUCAAAGCGGGAUUGAAAACGCAACGCAGGGUUCGGCGGUGGUUGUUGUCGUACACCCAGUGCCCGGUGGUGUCGGUCUGGAAGGAUCUGGGCAUCCGGUUCUGGCCGCGAUACGUCAAGGAAGGACGUUGCACGAGCGAACGGUCGUGUUCUCUACCGGUGGGCAUGUUUUGCAAACCGGUAGAGUCCGUGAGCGUCACGCUGCUGCGGUGGCACUGCCAGCGCUCGCGCGCACUCAAGAGCUGCGCAUGGAUCCUUGCACGCUACCCAGUGAUUUCACGAUGCGGGUGCGCGUGCUAAUGCUGGUUCCUAAUUUGGGUUUAUGUGGAUGACAGGAUGAAUCUCACGAAAACAUUCACAGGUCACAUAUCACACACCUAAAGCAAAAUACUUCAAUAUAAAUGUGUGAUAUUUAGAAUGAAGUAGGCAUAUUUGUCAGAAGAAAAUGAAGCUUACAACACUUUAUAUAAUAAAGUCUUAUUUAUUUACAUGAGUUUUGCAUAAUGAACUAACAAUGAGCAACAUGUUUUGCAUGUAUUAAUAUUUGUUAGAGGGCUGGGUGAUAUCGAACAACCAAAGUAUCGGUAUUUUGCAACGAGCCACAGUAUUCGACUGAUAUCUCGGUAUUUUUUUGCUGAGUGAAAAACAUGUUUACGUGAAAGUCAAAGCCCCAUGAGAUGUCACAUGUAACCUUUAUUAUAACAGUGCAUUAUGAAAAAAAAGAAAGACAGGGAGUUCCUCCCUAUUUGAAAAUAUACAACUGCAGAGCAUGCUUACAUGAAAAAAGGAGGGCAUAUAUCAGAUCAUACCGAUAUUGAAGACAUAUCCCAUAGAUGGGAAAUGCUGACACCAUAUAUCGUGAAACCCGAUAUACCGCACAGCCCUAAAUGUGUUUAUGAAUGAAAGUUGUUCAUUGUACAUUUAGGUAAGUUCAUUGUGCAUUUACUAAUGUUAACACAUACUGUUUGAUUUUAAAUAUGUGUUGGUAAAUGUUGAACAUGUAGUCCACCAAGAUUAAUUUAUGCUGUGCAAGUCUUGUUCUUAGUUAUUGCAUUCAAAUUGUUUGUACUUCACUAAAAGGUUGUACUUCACUAAUAUGAUAUUUGCGGUUGUGCAUUCUUUGUGCUGUUGAAGAUGUGUUUGUUUGUGAACAUGUAAUAUAGAAAUUGCAUUAAUUUUAAAUAGUGAUUAGUGAUAUUUGUACAAUUUAAAUUAUUGCCAUGAGCCAAUAAUUUUUUUCAAACGCCAAAUAAAUGUU